AUGAAGCUGCUGGAAAACUCCAGCUUUGAAGCCAUAAACUCCCAGCUGACCGUGGAGACAGGAGAUGCUCACAUCAUUGGCAGGAUCGAGAGCUACUCCUGCAAGAUGGCAGGAGAUGACAAGCACAUGUUCAAGCAGUUCUGCCAGGAGGGACAGCCCCACGUGCUGGAGGCUCUGUCCCCACCGCAGACCACUGGCAUCAGCCCCAGCAGGCUCGGGAAGAGCCAGAGUGGGGACGAGGAAGGACCUCUGAGCGACACCUGCAGCCGCAAGACUCUGUUCUACCUGAUCGCCACCCUCAACGAGUCCUUCCGGCCUGACUACGACUUCAGCGCCGCCAAGAGCCACGAGUUUAGCAGGGAGCCC